GCCGGCGGAACCUCCGCGCCGGGCGCAUCGGGAGCUGUACGGGCGCUCCCCGCUCCGCCGAGCCGCCGAGGGGCGGGAGGCAGCCAUGUCGCUAUUGUCUCCGCUGGUGCCCUUGCUGAGCGUGUACUACGCCGGCCUCGCCGUCAUCCUGCACCAGCUGCGCCGCCGCCUCCGCUCGCGUUGCCCCCCGGCCCCAGUUUUCCCUACACAAAAUGGAAAGGUUGCUAUAGUGACUGGAGGUGCUAAAGGAAUUGGUUACCAUACUGUGAAGCAUUUGGCAAGACUUGGCAUGCACGUUAUAAUAGCUGGAAACAGCGAGAGAGAAGGCCAAGAAGCGGUGAGGAAAAUAAAAGAAGAAACUUUGACUGGAAAAGGUAUUGUGGUCAGAGAGAUGAUGCAACCAGAGAGGGAACGUGAAAGAUUGCACACGUACUGUUCACAGCAAAUGAUGAUGUCAGAUUUUUUUUUAAGGAUAAACAGGAGAACCUCUAAAGCAAAAUGGACUUUUUGUUUGAAAUUCUACCUUGAUUCUGUUCCGCAUGAAGCUGCAGUGUCAGUGGAGUUUUUAUACUGUGAUUUGGCUUCCAUGAAGUCUAUUCGGCAAUUUGUGCAGCAGUUUAGAGCAAAGAAUUGUACACUCCAUGUGCUGGUGAAUAAUGCUGGGGUGAUGCUGGUCCCUGAAAGGCAGACAGAGGAUGGCUUUGAGGUGCACUUCGGCUUGAACUACUUGGGACACUUCCUGCUGACUAACCUCCUCUUGGAUACGCUGAAGCAAUCAGGAACGCACAGUCACAGCGCUAGGAUCGUCACUGUCUCAUCAGCCACCCAUUAUGUAGGCAAAUUGCACCUGGACGACUUACAAAGCAGAUGUUCGUAUUCACCCCAUGGAGCCUAUGCCCAAAGCAAACUUGCCCUUGUGUUAUUUACCUAUCGACUACAGCAUCUUCUGACUGCAAAUGGAAGCCAUGUGACUGCUAAUGUAGUAGACCCUGGAGUAGUGAAUACUGAGCUCUACAAGCAUGUCUUUUGGGUUGUAAAAGUGUUCAAAUGGAUGACUGCCUGGCUACUUUUCAAGACUCCAGAAGAAGGAGCCUCUACAACCAUCUAUGCAGCAGUAUCACCUGAGAUAGAAGGAGCUGGCGGCUGCUACCUUUACAAUGAGGAAAGGACAAAAUCAGCUGACGUAGCAUAUGAUGAGGAGCUGCAGAGAAGGCUCUGGACAGAAAGCUGCAAGAUGGUUGGGAUUUCUGAUGAAUCCAGCAGAGCUCCCUAGAAGAAGCCACUUCCAGCUGGGUAAAUGAAAUGCAUUGGCAAGCAUCUAAGGUGAAUUCUUGCCGCAUCAGUCAUCAACCUGGAAAUCACCGUUCAGUCCCAAAGGCAAACAUGAACAGCUCUGUUCUUCACUCAAACCCCUAGUCUGCUAGGGUGUGGGGGGAAUAUUCCCACAGAAAGAUGUACGUGGUUGGUUUUAAAUCUAACCAUCAGUUUUGUAAAUCAUGAUGUUUCAGUCCGUGAUUAAAAUACAAUCUUUAACCUUG